GUUAACGGAUCGGAGGUUUAAACUGUAUGUACGAGAACAACUUCAUAUCGGAAGCACACUCGGUGAGACGGUAUGGCAGAAUUACAGAGCUCCCGGUCGAGUGGCACACAACGUAUAAAAGACUAUGGGGCCUUCUUUAAUGGGAUUACAAAAAGAACGGUUUCAGCACCUGCUUUGAGAUAUAACGCACAACAGAGUAAAAUUCCAGAAGCUGAUCGAGUACUAAUGGGUGGCGGCUUUCCACAUAGUCUACAGUUCCCUGUGGUCAAGGCUACAUACACACUGAGCGAUGGUGCCGAGGUCCAUAUGGAUCCCGAGGAGAUGAAAUCCUGUCUACAGUAUAACGAAGCAAAAGGGUUAGCCGGGAUACGGAAGUGGCUGGAGGGGUUGUACAGGCGUGUCCACAACCCUCCCACAAUGGAUAACAGUGACCUGCCCUCAUCCCUCGCCCUACUGAUGACCAACGGUGGACGAUGGGGGGCUGUCCAGGUUCUGAAAAUGGUUCUGGAAGAUGGCGAUUGUUUUCUCUCUGAAGAAGUUACAUACCAAAGCCUCAUUCCCAGUUUCUUACCUCGGAACAUUACAGUUGCCCCAGUGAGAAGUGAUAAUGGAGGGAUGGACCCUGUUCACCUCCAUCAGGUGAUGUCUGAAUGGAAUGCGGAGAUACAAGGAAGGCGUCCCCAUCUGCUUUACAUCAUCCCUUCUUUCUGCAAUCCAACGGGCACAAUUAUGACAGAACAAAGGAAGAGGAAGAUCUUCAACGUUGCCCGAGAAUUUAACAUCCUGAUCUUGGAAGACGAUCCGUACUACUUCUUACAGAGCCCUCUGGUCCCAAGCUUCCUGUCGAUGGAUACGGAUGGGCGAGUAAUUCGAACUGACUCAUUUUCGAAGACGCUAUCUCCAGGGUGUCGUUUGGGAUUCCUGUUUGGGCCAAAGCAGAUUGUGGACAAAAUGGCAGCUAUCCUCCAUCUAGAAUCGGGGGGACCAAGUGCGGUAUCACAGGUGAUGAUCUACAAGGUUGUGCAGGCUUGGGGGUACGAGAAGUACCUCAACCACGUGGCGAAGGUGGCGUCAUUCUACAAGCAGAGAAGUGGCAUACUUCUAUCCUAUAUGGACAAACAUCUGCAAGGUCUAUGCGAGUGGACCCCCGCGGGCGGUGGGAUGUUUCAGUGGGUGACGUUACUGGGCGUGGACAAGUCCGAGCCAGUUGUGGACAGAUUGAUGGAGCGGGGUGUGUUCGUCAUGGAUGGCUUCAUCUUCUCCGUGGACCUAGCAUCACGACCCAACAUCAGGCUCUGCUUCGCUCGAGUGUCGGACGAAGAAAUGGAGAAGGCUGUUUCAACAUUAGCUGAGGUUCUGAAGAAAAUGACGGGUAUCCAGUGAAGCCAAAGCUGCAUCUUCUACAUCAAGCCAAGACCAAGAUAUGAAACUCGCUCUUUUCGUGAAAAACUGGUGAUUAUUGGGGAGAUAUUGAAAUUUAUAUUUGGCUGUGUUUUUUAACUCCAAAUUUUCCAUUAACAAUAAUGAUCAAGACAUGUACAGAUGAUUUCUAUUUUUUAAAAAGGAAGUCAUGCCCUCACAAACUCACUCUUAAUUCGUCGACGUCUUAAGACAAACUAGUAGUCCGGCCGGUUUAAUGACAAAUAUGUUGAAUGAAACGAAUCUGUAUUCCACAAUAAAAUAACCUUUAAAUAGA